CAACAAUGCCAACAAUUUACUCAGAUUUUCAACUUUAUCCAUAAUUUCAACUUUCAAGGAAUCCAAACGAUAAUUCAAAGAAUAAAAUGAUAAUCACACAAACUUAAGGGACCGUGUUAAAGAGUUCACAGAAUCACAACUGUGCAGCAUUGAACGUCCGUAAUAUACAGAAGUAGGAGGCCCCUUUAUAAAAACACACGGAGAAGGCGUCCUUGUCUUUCCUAGUCGGUCUGGACUUCUGAACUUCAACAUCAUCGGAACCUGCAACAUUAAAAAUUUGAAGGCAGAGGAAAAGCCCGGUAACCUCCUCGAAAGCAAUUCUGCAGCAUAUGAGGCCCAGAACAAAAAACAGCCCUUUGUAGCUUAAUGGCUCGUUUGCUACCAUAAACAACCACUUUUGACUCUCUCUCUCUCUCUCUCUGUUCUGUUGCUGCGGCGGGGUUGUUUUGAUCAGUUGGUUGGCUGCGUUCUUUCAGCUUUUGAAACAAAAUGGAGGGUCACGGAGAUAGAGGGUCUUCGACACUGCCGUUCCGUUUGUCAGCUUUUGCUCAGCCCUUCAAUCCCCAACCCUCUUUGAAUUGGGUGGCAAACUCAUGCCAGCAGCCUUGUAGACCUUCACAAGACGGUUCUCAGAGUUCCGACUCUUCUUUUUCAUUGGUCGGUUCCUGUCCUGAUCUCAAUUUGGAAGGAGACUCGGUAUUGGUGGAUGCGCCUCGGAAUGCCUCUAAAUAUUGUGGCCAUCUGUCUGAAAUGGGUAUCAUAGAUUUCCCAUCUGAUAAUCCCUCUGGUUUUGAUUUUGAUGGGCAAUCUAUUUAUUCUUCAUGUCACCCAUCAUUAGCAUUGCAAGAAAACGGUAUGUCUGCUGUGCCUUAUGACUCGGACUUUGAUGCAAUGUUAUUAACCGAGUCCUCGGUGCCUAGCUACACCCAGAACUUGUCGGGUUUUGAUAAUCAAGGGAGUCUCGUCUGGAAGGCAGGUUCAAAGGCCUGCGGGAACUUUCCAAAACAAGCCCUGCAAAAAAAAGUAAAAGUGAUAGCCCCACAAGAAAAGGUGAUUGUGACAGCCCCAAAACAAGCAUUGCAUGCUACUAAAGGGUUGAAUCCUUGUGGUGAAACUUCUUAUAAUAUCAACAAGUGUGGAAACUUAACUGUUAAGAUCCUAGGAGGAGAUAAUCAGAUGAAAUCUGGAGGCGUGGAAUGGGAAACUGCUGAAUCUUUUCCAAAGCCAAAGUCUAUGGUCACCCCUUUUAAGUUCUCAACAUCGUCAGAUAUGUGCUCUGCUGCAACUCUGCAAAACAUUCCUCAAGUGAAUGCAGAUUUACCGGGCAUUAAUUCCCUCAACAACAAUGGUAUUUCGUCUGGUUGUAAUCCAGAAGAAUUAUCUGGGCUGAAUGGUUGUAAUCCAAUCAGCCUAAAAAAGCCGCAUGUCCUGCUGAAUACCAAAGGCAAAGAGGUCUACCUAGAUAAAAGCUUGAUUGAAAAUGGUGAUGAAAUAAAAGGUGAUAAGCUUAUCUCUGAUGACGGUUUGGAACCCUUAUGCAUGGUAAAAUCUGAGCUGCAACAUCAUGGAAUAAAACCCAGUGUUUCCGUUGAAAUUUCUAAAACACUGGAUGAGAAUGACUCUGAUGUAGAUUCACCCUGCUGGAAAGGAACCAACCCUUGUUGGCAAUCUCCAUUUGGAGUUUCUGAAUCUGUGAGUUCACAAUGUCUUGAAAAGACGCUAAAAACCAGUAACAUUUUGAAUCCUCGGGCGCCUCAUUUUUUCCCCAGUAAUGCUAAAGGAAGUAUAGACUACCACCAUGAAAAUGAAUGUGGUAUUAGUGAUUUCUUAUCUUUCGACAAGGGUGAAUCCUCAGCUGUGUAUUUUGGAAAUGCGGGUUCUACCAAUGUGGGAUCAAAUCAUUCUGGAUUGAGCUAUGGAAUUGAUACUGAAUGUUCUAUUGACAUCAAUGAAUCAAAAAAGGAAUAUUCUUUGGUCAACAAUUCGAGAAGUAGCUCUUUGCUGAAUUCUUCUCACAUAUUUCAACCAUCUCUGGUGGAAGAUUGCUGCGCAUCUAAUGGCAGGUUUGUCAUUGGGGAAAAUGCUGAACACUCUUUGAAGGGUAUCAAGGAUGUUGUGCAUAGUGGUUCAACAAGGGUGCCUGUCCUUGCAAAGGAGCAUGACCUCGGUCCAUCAUCUUCUUCUGGCGUUGGUCUUCUUAAUGACCUUAAUGAAACACAUCAGAGUGUAUCUAAGUCUUUAUCUGCACCUCUUAAAAUAGAUGUCCAGACAUUGAUCAAUGCAGUGCGUAAUCUGUCAGAGUUGCUUGUACAAAACUGUUCAAAUGGUUUAUAUUCAUUGAAUGAGCAUGAGCAUGACACAAUCCAACUUAUAAUCGAUAAGCUUCAUGUGCUUUCCAGAAAUAGGGUUGGGCAAGGGGCUCCAAUGCCUGAAUCAAUUCAAAGAGGCACUCCAUACUCUCCUUGUAAGGCUACAGAACACUGCAAGUCCUCCAGUAUGCAAUUUAGAGUAGCAUGGACAAAGACUAUGUCUGUUCCAGAUGAGCCUGAAAAUCAGAAUCACCACAAUGGGCAAAAGAGUUGUUAUACUGCCUUCACUGAGAAAGGGCUGAAUUGUUUUUCUUCAUACAGUGGUGUAGGUGUUGAGAAGAGCGAUGAAAUCAUUCAGGUUAUUUCAAAGGGUCUGACAGAAAACCAUCAGAUUGUGGAAGAUAUGCAUCCACAAGCUUUAGUGUACAGGAAUUUAUGGCUUGAGGCUGAAGCAGCAUUAUGCGGCCAGAAAUAUAGAACUUGUGCCUUGAGCAUGAAAUCUAAUGGGAUGGAUGGAUAUGAAACAAUCAAAAGGAGGUGUUAGGAAAGCUUGCUCAAAAACACAAGGAGUCAGGAAAGUUCUCCAAACGCAGAGAAUGAUGGAGUGUGUAAUGUUCCACUCGAGCCAAGCAUGGUUAUUCUUGUUCGAGGCCAAAGCUACAAAUUCUACUCCCAUAUAUGAGAAUGGUAUCACUAUCUUUAGUUUGUUUAAAGAUGGGAUGGUAUGUAUAAUAUAAGUCAUGCAUGUAUAAUGGAGAUACUGUCGGGGACAUGUGGAGUGCAAAUGCAGGUUGAUUCUAACACAGGUAAAAUCAUGGAAGCUUGAUUCUUCAGGAUCUUAGAGAGGCGACAAACCAUUGGUGUUUUUACCGAUGACAAAAUUUGAGGCUGUAUUUAGGAAAUGGGAGUUGAACUUGAAAUUCAACAUCGUUGAUUUUUAGUACAAUGGUGAAAAGUUAGACCCCGAGUUAAUAUCCCGUGAAGGUGAUGAUGAAAGUUGUGACUGGUUUACUGUGAUUGGGUGAAGAAUGAUUUGCCUUGCA